UUGUUUGGGUUGCUGUCCUUGCUUUUUUGUAACCUUCUGUACUGUUAUUUUUCCAUGGGUUGUUUGUUAUCCCCCCUUAUAAUACAUUCACCUGUUUUAUCGUACUUGGUCAGGAUGGAAUCAGUUUAACUGAAAGCGUGCACAAAGUGGAGUAUGGAAUUCUCAAUAACUAGUAUCACUGGAUGUUACCGGAGGGUUUUUCAAAAGCCAAUUAACUUUGAAUGGGAAUUGCUUGAAUACUCCGACAGUAAUAAACAAUUGGUAGAGACAGAUUUAGACAAAAUUAAUAAGUCUGCACCUAAGAAUACUGUCAAACCAUUUGACGUAGGAAAUGGGAAAACUGAUGAAGCCUUUGAUUGCAUACGAGAGUUAGAGAGUUCUGAUGACUUUCCAAAGGAUGAGAAUUUUAAGGAGAUUGCGGGUGAGGAGGUAAAAUUACCUCAUGGCGAAUCUCUUGGUGAUUCCAGCUCUCAACAUUCUCAUAUUGCUCUGAAACUGAGCUUUACGCUUCCUGCUUCCUGUUAUGCAACAAUGGCCAUAAGGGAGCUGCUGAAGACUUCAACAUCUGUUGCCUAUCACAAGACAUUAAACCAAUAGUAUGUACAAAGAUACCCAUUUAGGAAUAUUUUCUGGAGGAGAAAGUGACUCAUAGAACAGAGACAACAGCGUCGAGGGAAGUUUACUAAUUUUAUGUUGCUAUAAUAUCUUGUUAGAUGAGAUAGAGCAAAAAAUCCUCUGUCAGGUACUCUUUCUAUGUAGUUGAACUUGGAAAUUUAACUGUGUAUCUCAGUUAUGCCGAAUGUUUAACUUUAAAUCUUCGUUUUUGUAAGAGAUGAUUUGCAUGUGUAGCUUUCUUGGUGUAGCUUCCUAGGCACAUGAUGUAGUGAUCAGUUUGACUAAGGUGUAGUAGGGUAAUGGAUAUUUUGUACCAUUAUUAGGAAAUGGAACAUCUUCUCUCCUUUUCAAUAGUACAAUAAUCCAUUGUCCA